GCUUCAACUUCACUUCGUCGUACUACAGUUCCACCAAUUUGUGAGCUUCAAGGCACUUCUAUGGAAGCGCAUGUCCCUUCAUAUUUCAUGACUGAUACAUCGUUUCAGGUGGCUUCUUCCCCUUACUUCUUAGGUUACGGAUCGAACAAUAUUUAUUACCAUACCACGCAUGUCGCUGCUCCUUCAUUGUAUGUCGAUUCAACACUACUUCAAACUCCUACAACACCAGCUCAAGUUUCAUCUAUGCCACUCUCUUCACUGUUUCUUUCUACUCAUCAUCCCACUUCCUCUUCUCCUACACAACUUUCAACGGCCUCGCAUCAGCCCCUCACCACCUCUUCUUCAGUUCCUCCCCAGCUCACACCAGUCUCGUUUCAACGCGCCAUAUCCUCCUCUCCAGCACCUCCGCAGCUUUCAUCGGGCGCGCUUCAGCCUCAUACAUCCCCUUCUGCGGCUCCUCCGCGGCUCUCACCCAUACCUUUUCAGGGCCCCACGUCCUCUUCACCUGCACCUCCACGCCUUUCACCAAUCUCGUUUCAAGGCCCCACGUCCUCUUCCCCUGCACCUCCACGCCUUUCACCAAUCUCGUUUCAAGGCCCCACGUCCUCUUCCCCUGCACCUCCACGCCUUUCACCAAACUCGUUUCAAGGCCCCACGUCCACUUCCCCUGCACCUCCACGCCUUUCACCAAACUCGCAUCAGCCCCCCUUGUCUCCAAUUCGGAGUCCUGCUCCCCCUAGUGUCACACCGGCCCCUUCCCUCUACUCAGCUACUGCACCUGCACAUUCGAUGCACCGACUUCCCCUAACACAGUGCACCAAGUUGUGCGAAGAUACUUCGGUGAAAAGCAGAAUUCCAGGAACGACGCGUUCUUUUACGUUCUACCGAGUGUACACGAAUAAGAACUGUGCCAACUACACUUGCGUCCACUGUUUGAAGGAAAGAAGAAGACGUGGAGAGCAUGUGAUGGGAGAAUGUAUCAAAAAGAAAUGGAAGACAGUGUCAGGGCUGCAAUUCGGCGCACAGGCUAUCAAGCCAGACGACGAGCAAUCUCAAAGUACGACACAGUGA